AUGGAGUGGUUAAUUGUGUAUGGCACAACGUGGGGUCUAUUGAUUGCCGUCUUCUGUGAAGUUAUGGUAGUCGCCUAUAUUUACGGAAUAAAGCAAUUUGUUCGCGAUCUCAAAGAAAUGCUUGGGUUUGAACCAGGAAUUUACUGGAGGAUCUGCUGGAUGUUACUUGCACCGGCUUUUCUCUUG